AUGGCGAAACUGAAAAAAAAUGUAAUGUUUUGGAAGAGGGACCUUAACGAAGGAUCAUAUUUUUAUAAUUUAUUAAAUGGACUGAUAUGUGUUAGUGGGAUAUACUUUUUCUUUUUAAUUUUUGGGUAUUAUCAAGAAAAAAUGCCAAAUUUAGGUAAAGGCAAGGACAAAUUUUAUUACAAUAUAUUUUUAAUAUGUAUUUUAUGCCUUUCAAAUAGCAUAUGCAGUUUAACAGCAGUAUUUAUUAAGAGUAAAAUGAAUAAUGAAGGUUUUUUACAAGAUUUAAAAAAAAAUGUGGACAUGUAUUUCCUAAAGCAAAUAAUGUUAAUAUCUAUAACGUAUUCAAUUGCAAUGAUAGCAACAAAUUAUUCUUUAAGUCAUGUGAAUUUUCCAACGCAAGUACUUGUAAAGUCUGGUAAAAUGAUACCUAUAGUUGUUGGUGGUUAUUUUUUUUUUGGCAAAAAAUAUCCCUACUAUGAUUACAUUUCGGUAUUUUUAAUUACGUCUUCUUUAGUAAUAUUCAAUUUGUUAAGAACAAAAACAUCGAAAGAAGUUCAUCAAACAACUUUCGGACUUUUGCUCUUAUCUUUAUCAUUAAUAUGUGAUGGAUUGACAGGACCAAGACAAGACAAAUUAUUAAGUAAAUACAAUGUAAACUCAAUAAACUUAAUGUUUUACGUAAAUAUAUUUGCUUUUUUUUUUAAUUUUAUAGCAUCAUUAAUUAUUGAAGGUGCAAAGCCAUAUAAUUUCUUAGUAAAAUAUACAAAUUCGCAUUAUUAUAUUAUAGCCUUUUCAAUAAGCGGAACAUUGGGCCAGUUUUUUGUUUUCUAUUCGCUCAAAGUGUAUGGAAGUUUAUACACCAGCUUGUUUACAACUCUUAGAAAGGCUUUAAGUACUGUUGUUUCUGUUUAUUUAUUUGGCCACGUUCUGAAGCCUGUACAAUGGGGUUGUAUUGUCAUGAUAUUUUCAACGCUUAUCAUACAGAACUAUCUCAAGCAGCAAGCCAAGAAGGUUCACACUAAAACGAAGUGA